ACUCGCGAUUUGAAUGAUGAGAGUGAGGCUCAAUGGGAGGCCGUUAUUAUGAGGGAUGACUUCAAACUGUGGCGCAAAGCAGUUGCCAACACUUCUCUCUAUCAAUACAAAGUUUUUGGUACUUUCAAUGACAUACCGGCGCGAUCUUUCUAUAAGGUUCAGAUGGACACCGAAUACCGCAAGAGAUGGGAUAAACUGGUUAUCAAACUCGAUAUUAUCGAAAGGGAACCCUUUGUCACUGAUCGGGAUCAGCUAAACAGUGAAGACUCUGGAAAUGAAGUUUUACAUUGGAUUAUGAAAUACCCGUAUCCGAUGAAUACCAGAGAUUACGUAUACUUACGGCGGUCUCGGAUUGAUAUGAAGGAAAACCUAAUG